GCUCACAUUUCCUCUCUGAACCUCCCUCCAAGCCGCACUGUACUCAGGGAGGGAGAGCGACAAAGCUGUACAAGGGACAGCACAUGCUUUCCGUUCAUUUCUGGCAGACCCCCGUCCGACCUACAGAUGCUGCUUCGUCGCUGGCUAAUGGCAUUCAGACCCCCACCCACCGACGCUGUCAGACAAGCAACUGGACUGGACAGCUCAGCAGCAGGACACUGGCCACAAUCGCGGCCAGAGCCGCAGCCCCCUGGCCACAGACCACCUCUGCUGCCUCUUUUGGGAGCCCUCCCACCUCCCUCUGGCUUGCCGAGGCCCCACCACAGGGGCUGAAGAACUGGGCGGUGGUGGCAGCUGUGGCAGUGGUACCUACAGCCUUGGGGCCAGCCCAGGCACGUGGGAACCUGUUUCAGGCCACUCUGUGGCCCCUCCGGGACCAGAGGGGGACCCAGGACAGCCUCAGCGCUCACCACUGCCUCAUCUUGUCUCUGAAACCUGGACAAGGGCUCAGAAUGGAAGGCGGUACUUCUGACAUGAACUCACAGACCAGCCUGACGCCUGCGGAGGACCCGGUGAGCCGACCACAAGACAGCCCGGAGCCCAGGCAGCAGCUGCAGCCACUACCUGAGCCAUCAGCCUCUACCCAGCCUGAAGCCAAGUAUGUGGAGACGUGUGCUUCAGCUGGACUCCGAAGGGAGAGUCCCCAGACCCUGAAACUGCCACCAGAACACUGCCUCAAGAAGCAGGCCUCCAGGAGUCCGAAGACAAAAGCCCAGGAUGAGCCCAGCGGCCAUGCCCCUGAGGCUCCAGCUCCGGGGGAGAGUCCUGCUUCCUCCCAAUGCCUCCCCUCCCAGGCUUGUGAGAACGACUUCUCACCUUCCUCCUCCUCCUCCUCCUCCUCCCCGGUGGACAGUGCAGAAGACAAUGGCCUUUCCAAAAUGGAUGACCCCACCAAGUUACUGGGGGUCCUGGCCACCUCCUCUUCAUCCUUAGGCUUUGAGAGUGAGCCCGAAACGAGCUGCCGACAACACAAAGAAGAAGCAGGAGACCGGGCAGGAGCGGGGAAGGACAGAAGAGAAGGGGUCGAUGAUGGAACAGCGUCCUGCAAGGACAUUAUUGCUAAGUCCCACAGCAAGAGGGGUCCCCUGAGAAACGAGGACGCACACUACAUCACCACCCAUGAGAUCCAGCUGACUGAGGUAGAGCAGGGUAUGGAUUUCGACGUGGGGCUGGCUUCUCGCUGGGACUUCGAGGACAACAACGUAAUCUAUUCAUUCGUGGACUACGCUUCAUUUGGUGGCAGUGAUGAGACCCCAGGAGACAUCACCACGGAAGAAGAUGAUGACAAUAGCUGUUACGUCAGCACCACACCAAGCACCAACGCGACUCGGACUCCCAGCCCCAUCAGCAGCGACCUGGCUCGCCCGGGGGCAGGCAGCAGCGGCCGUGACACCAGCAGCACGGAAGUGGGCAGUGGCCCCUCUGACAGUGACACUGUCCCUCCACCCACUGGACCUGGCACUGCCACUCCACCUGAGCCUUUGCUGGAGCUCCGGGAGGCAGCCUUAGGGGCAUCGGCCACUGCUGCAAGCAGCUGUGGGAGUGCAGCAAGCCAGAUCCUCCUGUCAAUCAAGCCAACUUCCCGGGCUAUAAAUGAGCCUAGCAACAUGCGUGCAAAGCAAAACAUUAUUUAUGCUGCCAAGCAUGAAGGCGACAUGAGCCUCCGAGUCUCUUCAGCUGCUGAACACAAUUCAAGUUCACUGAAGCAAAAUUCGGCUGCAGCCGUGGCUCAGGACCAUGCAAAGAAAUUCAUUGCUGUCCCUGCUCGCCUGCAAACCAGGUGCGGGGCCAUCCGGGCAAAGGAGCUGGUGGACUACUCCAGUGGUGCCUCCAGUGCAGUGAGCGAGCUGGACGAUGCGGACAAAGAGGUGAGGAACCUAACCUCCAGGGCUUUCCGGAGCCUUGCUUACCCUUAUUUUGAGGCUCUGAACAUCAGCUCCCGGGAAUCCUCUACCACGCUUUCUGAAGUGGGCUUUGGACGAUGGUCAACCUUCCUGGACUUAAAAUGUGGAGGUGUUGGAGCCAGAGUGGAACAGAGCCUGCUGCGGAGCAGCGCAGCCUCUGUGGCUGCAGGUCUGAGGAAGGGUGGUGGCACCCGAGCCACUGCAGACCAGCUCUACCUCCAGGCCAAGAAGUCGCAGACCAAGGCCUUGGAGUUUGUGGUCAGCAAAGUUGAGGGGGAAAUCAAACAUGUGGAGACACCCCUGUGCUUCCAGAAGCAGGUCCAAACCGGCUCUCGGGUGGUCACACUCUUGGAGCCCCUUAAUCUCCGCAGCGAGAGCAAAGCCAGCUCAGCCACGGGGCCCUGCAGAAUCACCAAAGGUUCUAGCAAGGGUCCAGGCUCUGUGUACACAGAUGAUGGCUCAGAGACAUCUGAGGGUAGCAAGCCUGCCUCCCGCAGUGAUGGCCCCCAGAAGAAAUCCAAAUUCGCUUCCAGCCUGCUCAAAAACGUCAUCUCUAAGAAGAUGCAGAGAGAGCAUGAGUUUAAGAUGGAGAGAGGAGAAGUCACCGACACAUCUCACCGUAACCCCCCCAGCACGAAGGAGACAGAGGGACCUCCUGGGGCCGAGAAGCCGUGGGAGCGGGGUCUGCAGAGGCAGAGUUCACGACACUCCGAGGCUAGCUCUGAGUACACCGUGGUCAGUGUGUCCGAUGCAGGUGGAGAAGGGUCUGUCGUAGGUUCUAAAUCCCCCAUUUUCAAAGCCAGUACUCCUCGAGAGAGCCACACGGGUUCUGGCCGAAAUGUCUCCGAUGGACACACGGAAGUAUGUGAAAUUAAAAAAAGUGCUUCAGAGACCGUGAAGGGCAUCUUCCUUCGGAGUCAGAACAGCGCCUUCCGUACAUGGAAGGAGAAGGAGGCAGAGAAACUGGAGGAGAAAGCUCCCGUUGGGAAGCUGAAGCUCCCCAAAGGUGGGGACUGGAGAGCUGAUCUUGGGGAGAUCUCUGCCAGCAAGUCUACCAUCAUGUCUCGCCUCUUUGUUCCCAACAUCCAGCAGACGCCCAAGGACAAACAGCCAGAGAAGCAGGCCACCAAGUACCCUGCCGCUGCUGCACAGGCUACCUCCGUGGCUGUGAUCAGACCCAAGGCUCCGGAAAUCAAGAUCCGGCUAGGAAGUGUACAGCAGCCGAGCUCAGACUUCAACAUUGCCAAGUUGCUCACGCCCAAGCUGGCCAGCGGCAGCAGCUCAAAGCUCUUCAAGACCAUUGAGGAUAACAGCAGGACCCAGCAAAAACUCUUCCGUGGUGGCGACAGUCUGGAAAAAGUACCCCAGUUCCAGGUGAGGGAUGUUCGAGACAAGUCCAAGGCCUCGGGACCUCUCCACCAGGUGAGGGAUGUGAGGAAGCUAAUCAAAGGGUCAGGUGAUAGCAGUGACAAGGGCAGUGUCACCCCAGAGCAGGGCUUGACAGGGCCUAAGCCUAGGCAGCUGACUCCUGCCUCGGGAGGAUCUAGGUCCUUGUCCCCUAUGGUGAUUAUGUGCCAGGCGGUUGCGAAUCCGAGAGAAGAAGGUGUGGAUCGAGAGCCCAGGGAAGGUGUGAGCCAAGUGAGCAAUGGCGGUAGACUCUUGAACUCCUCCCCAGAAGGGACUGUCUUGGUUCACAGGGCAUCUGGCAGGCUGCCUGUGGCCACCAUUGCUCCCAAUAAAUCUGAGCAGGGCUCUUACCUUCCUGUGCUCAAGAUUGUCUCCAAAGCUUCUGCUCAGAGGACCCCGGAGAAGCCCAAAGAGGAAGAGGUCAAGGAGGAGGGCAAAGCCCCAAAGCCAGCCCGGAAUGCCCUGGAGAAGCUGACGGCUGCCGUGAGAUCCAUGGAAGAGCUUUACAGCUUCAACAGGAAUGAAUGGAAGCGCAAAAGUGACCCCUUGCCCAUGAUGGCUGACAGCCAUGUCCUGUCACUCAUAGCCAGUGAGGAGAAGGAAGGGGUAGCUGGACCCGAAGGAGGAGACCCUGACAAGCUGGCCAAGCAGCUGGGACAGGUGGAGGAAAGGGACACUGGACACAAAGGUGGUGUGGUCCUGCGAGCGGCCCCCAUAGAACGUCUGCAGAGGAGAAACUCAAACCCCAGCACUGAGAGCGUGUCUGCCCGGGCGGCUGCCUUUGAGAACAUGGCCAGAGAAAGGCCCCGGUCACUCUAUAUUCCUCCAGUCCACAAAGACGUGGAAAGAACGCAACCUUUGCAGCCCCUCCCCCCGCUUCCCAGCAAUCGAAACGUGUUCACGGUGAGUUCUAGCAGCACUCAAAAAACUGGAGGUGUUGCUGGCAAGUUCCCACAAGGGCCUUCUCCCGAGGGCCUUUCAACAGCCAAGGGCAUCAAAGCGCAGGGACUCAGAUCCCUCAAGAUCUCCCCAGCCACCCGAGCCCCUCCCGAGGAUGCCACCAACAGGAAAACUGCUGUCACUUUGGAGAAGAGCAACAGUGACUGUGAGAAUUACCUGACUAUCCCCCUUAAAGGAAGUGCUGCUUCAGCAGAGUUGCUUGGCAGACCUGGGGCUUCCAGAGAUGGGCCCCCCAGCUCCUCAGCUGCCACUCUCUGUAGUUUACCUCCACUGAGUGCCCGCAGUCAGGUCCCCAGUAACCCCAAAGGAUCUCAGGUCAGUGGAACCAGCAGACCAGCUUGGCGUACCAAACCUGACAACCACCGAGAAACAGUCGUUGCUGCCCCGACAGGGCCACAGAGCCCUGAGCACACUCCCACUGCUGUCUACCACCAGCAGGCAUUGCCUUUCACCCUUCAGGGUGCCCAGCCUCAGGUCCUCUGCUUUUCCCCGCCCGGUAUGCCAGCCCCAGCCCCUGCAGGCCCAGCUGCUGUCCCCACAGACCCCUUCCAGCAGACACAGCCUCAGCAGACACAGCGCAAAAUGCUCCUGGAUGUGGCUACUGGCCAGUAUUAUCUGGUGGACACUCCAGUUCAACCCAUGACCCGGAGAUUGUUUGACCCCGAGACAGGGCAAUACGUGGAUGUGCCCAUGACUUCUCAACAGCAGCCUGUGGCACCCAUGUCCCUCCCUGUACCUCCUCUAGCCCUGAGUCCUGGGGCCUACGGGCCCACCUACAUGAUCUAUCCUGGAUUUCUGCCCACAGUGCUGCCCCCCAACGCCCUGCAGCCCACACCCAUGGCUCACACUCCAGGAGGCAGUGAGCUCUCUGUGGCCGCAGAGACCCCCAGCAAAGAGACAGCUGCAGCCUUCACCGAAGCCCCGUACUUCAUGGCCUCUAGUCAGUCCCCUGCCUCCUCUUCCUCCUCAGCCCCGGCAGCCACACCCCAGCUCGUGGGGGCCAAGGGCUUUGCCCAGUUGCACGGCAAACCUGUCAUCAGCAUCACCUCACAGCCCUUGGGGCCACGGAUCAUUGCUCCCCCUUCCUUUGAUGGCACCACCAUGAGCUUCGUGGUGGAACACAGAUGACAAGCGUCUCAAAAAGAGCAGAAUGGAACAGCUCCUGGAGCAAGACAGAAAUAAGAACUGUUCUUUAAUUUGAAAGUUUCAUUGUAACACCGAUUUCAUCUGAGAAAACUUCCAGUUGUGUUAUGCACUUUUAUUUCUUAGUAACCAUGUGUGUAAGUUUGUAUGUUUUCCUGAACAACUCUCUUAAGGUAGCUUUUGUUAUUUCAGUUUUAUUAAGAUGACUAAAUGGUUGCGUUUCUCCCCCACGAAGUGUUUCUUUUUAUACUUUAAUACAGGACAUAAGCUUUCUUGCCACCGCCUGCCCUCCUGCACUUGUGACCAGGCACACAGUACACAGAGUAUUUGAAUGGUUUGUUCAAAACAGGUCGUGGCAUCUGAUUGGUUCGAUUGAAAACCAAAUCAGCCAAUCAAGAACUAAAAUCAGAAGUUACCCUGGAGUUUCUUGAGCUAUGUUAAGUCUAGCUGAUAGGAUGACAUCUCCUACUUAGGUUUUAAACAUAACCGUCUGCUUCCAGUAAUAAAUAGCCAACUCUGUCAUUCUGGCUGUUGUGUUGUCUGGGUUCCUGACCAGGUUUUGCAUGAUUUCCCGUGCAAUCAUGACAGAUGGCGGUUUUGACAUUUGUGCUUUAAUUUUUCCCAUUUGCACAGUGCCCUGACACUGUUUUUGUCACUAAGCAGACUGUUUUGAGGUAUGGGGGAACCUGUGAUUACACUGAAAAUUAAGUUCUUAGUUUCAGAAAGCAUAAACCGCCCAUUCUCCUUUAAGAAUCCAACCUUUGUUGUAAGUGUGCAACACACAUAUCCGUAAAUGAGUCCCUUCAUAGCUGUGCCCUGCAUCUCGAUGUUUGCAGCUCGAAGAGAAGCCUGUUUGGAGAAGAAGACAGAAUUGGCUGUGAACUUUGUUUCAGUGUUUGCAAUUUGCUCCAGCCCCAACCACCCCACAGAAGCAGCUUGUAAUUACAGUGCCCGCUUCUUGCUUCAAGUUUUAACAGUUGUUAAGAUUCCAAAAAACCGGAUGCAUUACUGACCAGUCGUAACCCAAUUCUGACUGAAUGGAUACAUUCAGACUUUCCUAAUUGGUGUCGCAAUUAAGUGAUACACUGAAGAAUUUUUUAAUUACUUUCUAACCAAAUACCCCGUUUAAAAGGCAAGUAUUAACUCUCAAGAUUUCUGUAAGGAAUCUCUGUUCAGUCUCUUGUUUGUUUAAAGAUAAAGUAUUCUGGAAAAUUCUUUAGAUGGCCCUUUUUAUUUUGACAAUCAUCAGUAUUUCCUUUCCACUUAAAAUUGCUUCUUGAAGUUAGGGAUUUUAUGCCUAUCAGAAUACUGAAUUUUCUAAGGCUUUUAACAUUUUAAUACUUUGUCAUUGUUGGUUUGUUUUUUUUUUUUUUAAAUCCAAGCUCAAAACCAAAUUCAAUACCACUUCCAGGGCCUUUCUUAAGGGGGAGAAACAAGUUCUAAAAAUUAAGUUCUUUUAGACAAAGAGCAAGAUUUGAAGCAGGAGUAGUGAGUGGUCUUUGACCACAAUCCACUUGGUUACCGGGCAAUGAGCUGUGAAAUAAAUCCUUGUCUCUGGGGCAUACGAUAUGAAGCAUGGUCUCUGGGUCAGAAGAUGCCUUUGGGCCAUAUUGAAGAAACCAAUGUUACACCAGAAUUUGAACAUUUUUUUUUUCAGUCAAACUCACUGCAUAUAAGGGUCACUUACUAUUGGAACAAGAAGCUAGAAUCCAUUUCUUUCCAAGAUCUCAAACCCGUAUAUCUAAGAGCAGCAGAUAUGGAAUCUCAAGGAUUUGAACGGAAUGAAGAGAGUAUACAGGGUUUGAGUGGAGAGAGGCUAUGCCCAGAAGGCCAUGUAAGUUCCAGCAGACUUCUGGGACAGCCCCAUGGAUUUGUUAGCCAGCUCCCCACAAAGGUAGGAGGAAAAUGUAUUGUGGGCUACUAUCAGUAUUUUCCACCAGCAGAUCUGAGCCUUCCAUUCUCCCACAGUAGGAGAGAAACGUGGGUGGGGGUGGGGGAAGAACUUUUUAUUUGUUGCUUCUGUGUGAAAGCCUGAAACCUCACGUGGCCUGCCAGGGAUGUGGUAAAUGUCCAAGUGGUUAAAGUGUACUUAUAAACUGAUGCUUAUGCCGUUCGUGACAGCUAAUGGUCCUUUCCCACAUGGGUCACCACCUAAGGUCUACUACCUUCAGUGACAGAGAAAGAGAAUUCUCAUAGGCACACGCUGAAUCCUUUGUUUGGUCAUUUCUUGAACUUGUAUGGACGUGUGAAUGAAGUGGCUUUUCCAUCUUCUUUCAACCAAAGUGGAAUGAACCAAGAAUCUAGACAAUCUUCUGUACAAGAAGCCAUAACUCCCAGAAGAAUCUUUUAACCACUAAGCUACCUGUCAUGUUUUCUAUAAGAAAACCAUCAAUGAAGAAGUGUCCUAAAUAGAGCCAUGAGAUGAAAUCUAAACAGAAUGUGACCUGGCCUUAGCUAUUGUCUCUCAAGGUCCUGUGUAAGGCUUAGUUUUCAGGGUGAUCAUACUAUACUCUGGGAAGGAAUUUUGACUCUUUUACUGUCUUUUCCCUGUUGGAUAAUGGGGUCAUGUUGAAACAGGCCCCCGUUUGACUUAUUUCUUGAAAACUAAACACACUCGUAACCAGUGUGAUAAUUCAGUUCCCCAGAAUGUAUUUCUUUGAACACUUAUUGAGACUGUCUUCAGGAGUAAAUGAAACCCAGGAUUAAGUGUUUGGGUAAAUAUGACUCGCUUCAAAGUAAUUAAGCUAACAAUGAGUUCUACUCUAACAGCUUCAUGACAAAUUUCAAAAAUUAGCAUGCAAUUCAAAUUCAUCUUGUGUCAUUAGAAAAUGUCCAGUGGCAUACAUACCUUCUUCUUGAUUCAGAUUUGACCUUUUCACCUUAACUUCUUAAAGAGAUUUGGUACAUUCUAAGCCAGAUGUUCCUAUUACCUGAACGCUACCUUGGACUGCAGGACAGAAUUGAUUCUUAAGUAGACGGCUAUACUUCCACAAUGAUUGUGUGCAAUGUUGACCUGUAAGUAGAUGACCACAAUCUCAUGAUAAGCGUGUAUAUGUGUGUCGAAAACACCUUCAGCGGUACUCUUUGUAUUUAAGAUUAUCACAGUAUACAUUUUCCUAUGUGGUGCUUGAGGAGUCUCAUUCUACAGUUUACAAGGUGUAAUAUUUGCACCCUAAAUUCUCAGGGUGUGCUAUUUUACCCAGAUACUUGAAAGAAAAAGGUGCCCUGUGUUUUAUCAGUACUGUUGAUGGGAGAAAAUUAUGUGUAAGUGUGUUUGAGAAAACUGCUCAUAAAAACCAAGUCAAUAAGCUCUUAGGCUUUUACAUAAUCUCUAAGGAGAUGUAUACAUAGGUAAUAUAUAUUGUCAAGAGACUGCUAAUGUAUUCUUUAACUUCUGGGUCUGAAGAGGCCUCACCGGUGCAUAGAAUCAGUAAGAAAGCGUGUAGCAUUUGCUCAAAAGUGCCUUGAACUUGAAUCUAAUCUGAAUCUCACUCCAUUUGUGACAUGUGUGAACGAAGACCCAGAAGCAGGACCCUGAAGCAUGGACUCCAGUGUGUGCCCCAUGUCUCUAGGGAGACCUGAAUGAUCAUUACAAUACUCGUGAGCUAGCCACACCCUCAGUACUUCAUGUUGUAAGUGCUCUGUUGGACUUACUCCUGUUUAACUCAAAAUGGUGCAGAAUAAAAUUCACACAUCUAGUUUGGUUCUUCUUUUUAAGUUUCUGAAUUGCUUUUUUUCAAGCUAGUAUUAGUGGCAGCAAGUCCUUUCCAGGGUUCCCUGAGUCACCUACUAUGGCUGGAUCUGUUUUCUAGCAGGCAGUCUCUUCCCACCCCCACCCUUUCUGAAGAUGUGUGUUUAUAUAUUUAUAUAUGAAAUUAUAUUCUUGUAUAGUGAUGGCUGAAGAGAAUGUGAAGAUUGUGGAAGUUACGUAUGACUAGGAGAGUGUAUAUUGUAUAAUGCAUACAGAAGGAUGUUGGAUAAUGACGAACUGUAACCCCAGACUACGAGAGAUGGCAUAUGGAAAGAAUGUGAAAAUUUAAACUGUAUCAAUGCAGCCAUCUUGGUGGAGAAGUUCCUGGCUGAGGUUUGAUGUGGUGGUACAAUGCGGUGAGCUGGCUACAGGAACUUUGCAUCCAGCCAACAGCGCCAAGAUUUGCCUUUCAAGUGCUCUUGCCUAUGGAGAAAACUACUGAGACGGGAUUCCUUGUGACAAGCCUACGUACCUUUAACUGCCAGCAUUUGUAAGGUGUGAUCUUGUGUAAUGGUUUUUUUUUUAUUUUGAAAGUUUUGAAAAUAUGUUUGUUGUUGUUGUUGUUGUUUUUCCA